GUCGCUUUUAAUGCGGGUUACAGGCGUGCGGCGCUUAUUUUAUAUAAAGGUGCUUUGCAUGAAAGAGUGGAACUUUUUCUUGCCUUCAGGAAAGCCAUGUUCCCUUCAAGAGCUGUCCUCCUCUUCGGUUUGGCUUUUGUCUUCGUUGGAACGAAAGGGCAGGAUGGUUUUGACCUUGCUGAUGCUUUCAAAGAUGGUCCCACUAAAGCCCCAGCCGUUGAUCCUGAUUUCCCUGAUAUUGAUUUAGAUUUUGAUCCCGAGGUUCCUGCACCCCCGAAGGACCGCAAUAACAAUCCUGAUGAAUUUGAUUUAAAUGAUGCCCUUAACAAUGAAGACAAAUAUACACCAACAAAGCUUCCAAAGCAGCCAGCUAAUGGUGACCCAGAUCGUCAGUUUGGGGACCUAGACCUCCUGGAUGCUGCAGGCGUUGGCCCUGACAAGUUCAUUCCCAAAGAUGAUAAGCAAGAAAGUGAUCAAGAUGGUGGCAAUGGUACUCUUACUGGCAUUAUCACUGGUGUCCUGCUGGCUCUGGGUGGUGGAGUAUCAAGUUAUAUCCUUUACCAAAAGAAGAAGCUGUGUUUCUCUUUGACAGGGAACUCAACUGAGCAGAACACCAAGCAAGAGAAUGUACGUGGUCAGCGAGAGGACCCCCAGACUUACAGUACUCUUCUGCAAACACAGCCUGUCGGGAGUGCCUAGAAGACAGUGGACAAAGAAAUUAGAAGCAAAUACUUGACCAACAUUUCUGUUCUACAGACUUGUUCCUUGUUUUAGUGUUGAGUGAUUAACCUUUGACUUUUAAUUUGUUUUCUUCUAGCCCUGGAUUGGCACCUUUGCUUUUAAAUGAGAAACUCAACUUAAAAUCUGUUGAAUGAAUUCACAAAAGUGCCAAACUUUGCCUUUUUUAUACACCACUAACUUGAAACUUUUUGGCAAUGUCUGUGUACUUCUGCUGUGCUGUAAAUUAGUUGAAUCUACUUGUGCUUUUUUUCUUAGAAAUUUUCAAUCUUGGAUAUAACUUUGUCUAUUCCUGUGUGCUAAAAAUCCGUGUUCCAUUGUAGACCAAAUAAUGACUUGUGUUUUUAAACAUUUUGAUCACGUUUGAGCACACGGUGAAAUGACAGUUUGUUUUUUAGGCCUUGAAACAGAUAAUGUUGGAAUUCUGCCACUUGCACAAAAAACCUGGUGUUUUUACUGAGUUUUUAUUGCUUGUAAUUGUCAUGCAAAUAAUUUUAUACAAUGCUUCUGUAAGACUGAUAGUGCUACAGUUUUUUUUUGCUGUGGUUAUUGAGUAGAAAUUUGAUAGAGGAUUUUUUAUUAUUUUGUUCCAGUGCCACUGCCUCCCUUUGAGAGGGUGGGGUCUUGGAUGUUGUCAGGGGUUGCUGUUCAGCAAACUGAUAAUGGGGAGGGGUGAUGAAAUGUGUGCCUGUACAGAUUAUUUUAUGUUGUUCUUUCCUACAGCCCCCAUUUCUUAACUGGAGAAUUCAAAUAUUAAAUGUGGUAAAUCAGAAAAUGUUCACAUGAAUUUUACUGUUUUUGUACCUUAUCAGAUCUAUGCAAAAUUUAAAUUGAGAUAUUAACUACUUUAGUGUGAAGUACUCCACGUAACCACUGAGUUCCAAUGUAAAUUGGACCAAACACAGUUUAUACUUCAACCACAAGAGGGUGGAUGGUUUAAUUCUUUGCAUUCCAAAUUUCAAAAUCAGUCUAGUUUGAACAUGAGUUGGGGUGGGAAGUGUAAAUUAAGAGGCCAGUGCAUUCCAGUGAUAGCUCAUGAUACUGCAGGAGACCAUAUGUUUUGUGAAGUUUCAUCCUGCUAUUUGCUCCAGACAUGGUCUGUCAGACCCAGGUAAUCACAGAUAAGCUACUCGAGGAUGUAACAUAUCAUGUGGUGUCUAAAUGACUUGUAACGAUAUGGAUAUCAGUGGAACUUUGGAGUGACCUGUAGCUGCAAUAUGCCAAGAUUUUGGCCACUGAAAAGAUACUGGGUUGCUGGUGCCCCUGGCACUCAGCAUGAUGCCCUGCUGCCACUGUGCCUUCAACCUGGAAGAUGUUGCCAUUUCUCUUCCACCUGGAAUUAGCUGCACAAGCUCUGAAACUUGAAAACGUUGUGUGCUAAUUGGCUGUGGUUUCAGGUCACUGUGUGUCCGACAACAUCCGUGUGAGCAAAAGGGAGUCUUGCCGCUCAGCUCUGUUCAGGAGGUUACCCUGAGUUCGUGUUGAUGCUGUAUCCCUACAGGAGGGAGUGUGUUUACUUUGACAAUCAAACUGAAAUUGCUCAUCAAGGAUUUAACUGUAGUUUGGCCUAGAUUCAUCUCAAGACAGUUAGUAUAUGAAAUAAGCAGAAAACCUGAAAGAGAACUUGUCGCCCAGUCUUGUAUAAGCCCUUGAAUUUCAAGAAAAUACAGUAAGUGGAAGGACCUAUGGGAGCAUUGCUAUACAGCAUGUUCUUGGAAUGCAAGUCCAAAGCUCCCGGAAAGUGCCAACACAAGUGGAUAAGGUGGUGGAGAAUGUGUAUGUCAUGCUUACCUUCAUUGGUUGGGGCAUAGAGUAUAAAAAAUUGGCAGUCAUGUUGCAGCUGUAAAAAUGUUUAAUUGGCUGCAUUUGGAACUUUGUGUGCUGUUCUAGUUGAGUGCUAUAGGAAGGAUAAGGCCCCUUUUUGGAGCGAGUACAUAAAAGGUUUACCAAGAAGUUUCCUGGAUUGGAGUGUAUUAACAAUAAGGAGAAGUUGGACCAUUUUUGCUAGAGCUUGGAGGCUAAAGGGUGACCUGGAUAAAAGUAUUUAAAAUGGAGAGGAGGGAAUAGUAUCUUUUUUGGCCCAAGGUGGAAAUGUCAGCCGCUAGGCGUCAUAGGUUUAAAGCGAGAGGCAAAAAGUUUUUAAACUAGGCAAGUUUUUUUGGUUUUAUACAGAAGGUAGAACCCACUGUCUGGGGAGAUGGUGGAAGCAGAUGCAUCAGCAAAGUUUGAGAAUGUUUAGAUACAUGAACAAGCAGGGAAUAGAGGGUUACAGACCAUGUGCAGGCAGAUGGGAUUAGUUUAGAGUGGUAUCAUGGUUAGCAUAGACUCUGAAGGGCUGAUUUUUGUGUUCCAUUUAUUUAUGAAGGCUCCAAUAGAAAGAUUGAAGGACAUAAAAUAAACACUGCCUUAAUGUCAGAUUUCCUCCCCCCCCCCCUUUCUUUAUACACUUGUUUAUCAUUUAAAACCAAGGAUUUUUUUAAUAGCAGCUACUUUAUUUAAAGAGAUGAAUUGCUUAUUAAAAAUGCAAAUUUGACACUUUUUGUUUUUUGAGAUGGAACUCUUGUUCGGGCCAUGUUACUUCCAAUCAUUUUGGUUGAGAUUGCUGCAUAUGGGUAGGGAUAGAGAGGUUGCUGAGGGAGGGACCAAUCAGGAGAGAUGGUUUUUCAUUGCUGUGUUUCACGUAUGGAACUGUAAUGAUAAAACAAAUGUUACAAUUUGUAUAUAUGUAACGUUGCUGUAAUAAUUGAUUAAAUUGCACUGUCUGUGA